CGCACUAAAGCCGACAUCUUUCUCCUUGUCCAAUACAAUUUCACACGCAGAAUCCAUACUAUAGAACUAAUCAUAACGAUACACGUAGUCCUCAUCUGCAUUGGAUCCACAAACUCAAAAUAUCCAACGGAUGUGAGCGUCCACUUUCUCUCAAACACACCAGUUUUACUGGUUCAAGUCUAUUACAGUAUUAUUUCUUCGAAUCCAAUAGUUACUAAUCGACGCAAUAGAUCGAUCCUUAACUAUUCAAGUGUAAACUGUCUUUCUGUUGGGUCUUUUCCAGCUUCCAAACAGCAAGAUCUCCACAAGCAGAUCCAAAACGCUAAAACCCACACUGAUACACACUCUCCUUUGAUAUACCAUUUUCAAAUAAAAUGGUUAGACUCUACAAUUCGAUAUCAGUUCUAUCAGUUUUAUGUUGUGUUUGGUUCUUCUUGAGCUUUAGCGUUGAAGGCUCAGUUCAUGAUUAUAAAGGAGAAAGAUUUGUGGCAAAAGGUAAUGCAUUUGUCGUUCAUGGAGGUAGUGAAGGGAUUUACUCUUCUACCGCUGAAAAUCUCAACGAAAGCAAUCUCACCCCUGCUAAUGGCGACUCUUAUAUACGUUUUGAAAAGAUUGUGUUCCGGAGAACUGAGGAAUUUGCUAGGUUUAACUCGGGGUUUAUCCAAGCUAUCAUUUUCGAAGUAGAAGAUAGAGAGACAAUUGGAGGUUCAGCCUACGGUGGUCAAAGAGCUAUUUGCUGCACUGCUGAUCUUGCUAAAUUGGGUGUGUGCUCACAAGGAGAAAUCAUUCAUCGGCCUUCAACAAAGGAUCCUAGCUGGCCCCAUGUCUUUGGCAUUUCAUUCAAUGCAGAUGAGCUAGUUGCCACAUUGCCAUCGAGAUCAAUACAGGUCACUAAAACUGGGAUGUAUAAUCUGUAUUUUAUGCAUUGUGAUCCCAAUCUUAAAGAAUUAUUUGUAGAUGGCAAAACCAUAUGGAAAAAUCCUACUGGCUAUUUACCUGGUAGAAUGGCACCACUGAUGAAUUUCUAUGGGUUCAUGUCCCUUGCUUUUGUUAUUCUUGGAGUGUUCUGGUUCUAUCAAUAUGCACGAUUUUGGAGAGAAGUUUUUGCACUGUUGAAUUGCAUAACAGUGGUGAUAACACUAGGCAUGUUCGAGAUGUCUCUCUGGUAUUUUGACUAUGCUGCAUUCAAUGAAACUGGAGUUAGGCCAACUGGAAUCACUAUAUGGGCAGUCACUUUUGGCACAGUUAAACGUACGGUGGCCCGCCUCAUAAUUCUCAUGGUCUCAAUGGGUUAUGGCGUCGUGAGACCUACCCUAGGUGGCCUCACAUCAAAGGUGAUCAUGCUUGGAGCGACAUUUUUUUUGGCCUCUGAAGUGCUUGAAUUAGUUGAGAAUGUUGGUGCUGUCAGUGAUCUUUCUGGGAAGGCAAGAUUAUUUUUGGUUCUUCCUGUGGCAAUCUUGGAUGCCUUCUUCAUUGUUUGGAUAUUCAAGUCCCUUUCGGCCACUUUAAAUAAGCUUCAGGCUAGACGGAUGAUGGUCAAGCUAGAUAUAUACCGGAAAUUCACAAAUGCUUUGGCAGUAGCAGUUAUUGUGUCAGUGGGUUGGAUAUGCUAUGAGUUGUAUUUCAAGUCAAAUGACGUUUACAAUGAGCACUGGCAGAAUGCUUGGGUCAUCCCAGCUUUUUGGCAAGUCCUUUCCUUUUCUCUUCUAUGUAUAAUUUGUGCUCUUUGGGCUCCCUCUCAGAACUCAAUGCGGUAUGCUUACUCAGAUGACGUGGGCGAAGAGUUCGACAGAGAUGACAGUUCUUUGACACUCAUUAAACCAUCCACUCUGCCUUCAAAGGAUAUUCGAAAUGCACCAGAAUCUAGACCGGUACAAACCAACACUGUUGCAUCUAAAGGUGAUUUGGAAGAAGAAAAAACAGAAUAAAGAAAAUCCCUAAAAAUGUGAGAUUUUGAAAGGUUGGCUUAAUUAUUUGAUUUGUGCCAUUGUUAUUUGCUGUAGUAUCCUUGUCAUGUUCCUCAAUCUACAUUGAAAAAAUUUUAGGAGUAAGGAAAUAUCCACUCAUAGGAGAGCCCUUUCUGUGUAGUUUUAUUUACUUAAUUCUUGUUGUUACACUGUAAUUGCUAGAUUAAUUAUUUAGCAUUGGUCAUAAAUAUUACAGAAAGAAUCGAUGCAUUUGUUUUGUCUUCA